GGCGUGUCUGCUGCCGUCGUCGCCCGUCGUCUUGCAUUGGCUCGUUGGAGUCCACUGGAGGCUAUAAGUACGUGGUCCGCAGCAGAAGACGAGCGAAGCGUCAGUGUCAGCCCUGUUCGCCGCGGCGGCGCGAUGUCGGAGAAUGGGUCGUCGGCGAAGGUGGCGCUGAGCCGGCCGUGCGUCCUGAUCAUAGUGAUGGCGGGCGUGGAGAGGUUCGCGAACAAGGGGGUGGGGUCGAACCUGGUGACGUACCUCACCGGCGUCGUGGGGAUGAGCACGGCGGCGGCGGCCAAGAGCGUCGUCGCCUGGACAGGGGUCAGCUUCAUGCUGCCGCUCUUCAGCGCCAUCCUGGCCGACUCGUACUGGGACAGAUACUCCACCAUCGCCGUCUCCUCCUUGCUCUACGUCCUGGGUAUGUCAGCUAUCACGGCGUGGGCACUGCUACGCAAACGGAUGCCACGCUCCACGCUGUUCCUCCCGCUCUACCUGAUGGCGAUCGGGCAAGGUGGGUACCAACCCACACUGCAAGCCUUCGGCGCCGACCAGCUCGGCAUCGGGGACGACGACGACGACGCCGAGCCGGGCAUGACGGCGGAGGAGAAGGGCAAGGUGAAGGGCAUGUUCUUCAACUGGUGGUACUUCGGCCUGUGCAGCGGCAGCCUGCUGGGGAACUCCACCAUGUCCUACGUCCAGGACAACUUCGGCUGGGUGCUCGGCUUCGCCAUCCCCACAGGGGUCAUGGCCCUCUCCGUCGCGGCCUUCUUCUGCUGCACACCUCUCUACAGGCAGACUCAGCCCAAGGGUGCCAGCACCAGCAGUAAGCCGUCUCAGAAUAAAAUCUUCAAGGUCUUCAAGUCGAUCAUCCCAAGUCGGAAGAUCAGCCUGCCAUCUAAAGACGACAAUGGAGAUGCCAUUUCUGAGCUAGAGUUGCAGGAGAAGCCACUGAAAACUGAACCGGCCGAAGCGAAGGAGGCCCUGGGCGAGGCCGCGCCUAGCGUGGCGAGGGUCAUCCUCGGCCUCCUGCCGAUCUGGGCGAUCCUGCUUAUCUUCGCUGUGAUCUUCCAGCAGCCGAUGACGUUCUUCACGAAGCAGGGCAUGCUGAUGGACCACAAGCUCGGUGCCUUCGUGGUCCCGCCGGCGAUGCUCCAGAGCUCGAUCACGAUCUCCAUCAUCCUGCUCGUGCCCAUGUACGACCGGGUGAUCAUCCCGCUGUUCAACGCCGUCACCCGGGGCACCGAGGGGAUCACGGUGUUCCAGCGGAUCGGCGUCGGCAUGGUGCUCUCCGUCGUCGCCAUGGUCACCGCCGCGCUCGUCGAGUCGUGGCGGCUCCGCGUGGCCAACGCCAGCGCCCGGCUGAAGAUCUUCUGGCUGCUGCCGCAGUACGUCCUGCUGGGCGUCUCGGACGUGUUCACGGUGGUGGGGAUGCAGGAGUUCUUCUACACGCAGGUGCCGGCGUCCAUGAGGACCAUCGGCAUCGGGCUCUACCUCAGCGUCUUCGGCGUCGGGGGAUUCCUCGGCGCGUUCCUGAUCACCGCGCUCGAGAUGGCCACGGCGAGGCCCGGUAACUCACGGGGGUGGUUCUCCGACGAUGCCCGGGAGGCGCACCUCGAUAACUACUACUGGUUCUUGGCUUUCCUGUGCUUCAUCAGCUUUCUGAUCUUCACGCACUUGUGCAAGUUCUACAGUGGCAAAAACGCAUCAGGGAAGUAGGAUCUGGUGGAGCAGGAACUAGAACGACUUGAUGUUUCUUUAACGGUGGCUUCAGGGAUAGUUUCAGAUAAUCAGGUGUGUUUUGUUUUCAGACUUCAGAGUGAGCUGUGUAGUUCAGGACUUCAGGUGUGUUCUGUUGUAGUGUUGUGUGAGGCAAUUGUGCAUAGCCUUGUCUCCUUAUGGUUUGUCAGAGGCUCAGAGCAAAUGGAGGUCCAUAAACAUGUUAAAUAUACUCUUUUUCACAUUUUAAUGAAGGAAUAGUCUACACA